UUGACAUAUCAAUUGUUUAAUUUUCGAGAAUAUAAAAGCUCAGAAUCAAGUAGUACUUGUUUAGUCAAUAAUUUGCACACCAAAUCAAUAAAAAAUGAAAAGUCUAACUGUAACGUGUCUCUUGGUGACUGUUUCUGCAGUAUUUGCAAAACUCCAUCCACUCUCGGAUGAAUUUAUUGAUGAAAUCAACGCGAAAGAAUCAACGUGGAAGGCUGGUAGGAAUUUCGAAAUUGGAGAUUACGACUUGGUGAAAACAAUAGCCUCUGGAUCCUUGGGCAUUGGAGACAGAGAACCACUGACAUUCACGAUUCACGACGAAUCUGAGGACGUACCUGAAUCUUUUGAUUCUAGAGAGGCAUGGCCUGAAUGUGCUGACGUCAUUGGUUUGAUCAGAGACCAGUCCAGAUGUGGGGGUUGUUGGGCAUUGUCUGCUGCAGAAGUCAUGUCAGACAGGAUUUGCAUUCACUCCAACGCUACAAAAAAACUUAUGGUUUCUUCUCAAGACGUUUUGACAUGUACGUCAGAUUUUGGAUGCAGUGGUGGUAACGUCGACGCACCCUAUAAGCAAUGGAACUCUACAGGAUAUGUUACUGGAGGACUCUACAACAAUUCUCUUCAAGGUUGCAAGUCCUAUUUCUUGCCCGAAUGCGAUGAGCAUCCCACCAAGUGUACCGACUAUGUUGACGCUCCUUCUUGCGUACAGCAGUGUGACGAUACAUCCCUAAACUACAGCCAACAGUACACCUAUGGGUUAAAACACACAUGGUUUUCAAAUGAAAAACAAAUCCAACUAGAACUUGUUAAAAAUGGACCCGUAGGAAGUGGCAUAGUCGUUUAUGAAGAUUUCAUCUCUUACAAAUCAGGAAUCUAUCAGUACGUUAGUGGAGACUUCGCUGGUUCGCAUGUCAUUAAAAUUAUAGGAUGGGGUGUUGAAAAUGACGUAAAAUACUGGAUUGUUGCCAACUCGUGGAAUGAACGGUGGGGCGAAAAUGGCUACUUCAGAAUAAAAAGAGGCAACAACGAGUGUGGUAUUGAGCACACAGCUAUUGCUGCAUUGCCAGAUUUUAGCAGAUUCUAAAAAUUGUAUUCUUGUAUAGAUAUGUCGUGAUAUGUAUAUCAAACACAAGUUUAAAAGAACUGAAGUAUAUCAGCAA